AUGAGUAUAGUAAAACCAGCAGAAGAACAAGUCUGCAGACGUGCUGGGCGACAGAUCAGGCCUUCAUUCUCCAAAGAUGGAGAUCUUAUAAUUGGAGCAAUCUUUUCCAUCCAUGAUUCUAUUGUUGAAUUUAGACAAAAUUUUACAUCCAAUCCAGAAUCUGUGUCUUGCAAAAGUUUAAAUUUCAGAGAACUACAGUUUGCUCAGACAGUGAGAUUUGCAGUCGAUGAAAUUAAUAACAAUACAGAUAUACUUGGUGAAUUUGUUGUGGGGUACAAAAUCUAUGAUUCUUGUGGUUCAAUUCCUCUGGCCUUAAUGUCUGCCAUGGAUUUUGCAAAUGGACAAGAUAAAUCAUUUACUUCGAAAACAGCUUGCUCUUCAUCUAAGUUCAUCCCUACAAUAAUAGGAGAAAGUUCGUCAUCUUCCACUAUAGCUCUUGGAUCAACAUUUGCACCAUUCCGUAUUCCUCUGGUAAGUCACUGUGCUACCUGUGCCUGCCUAGAUAACAAAAGAGAGUAUCCAUCGUUUUUCAGAACACCACCCAGUGACAGUUAUCAGUCGGCUGCAUUAGUUCAUCUUUUGAAACAUUAUGGAUGGAACUGGAUUGGAGUAGUUAGAAGUGACAAUCACUAUGGCAUCUCAGGAAUGACUACAUUUAUGGAAAAAGCACAAAAAGAAGGAAUAUGCAUUGAAUAUUCAGAGAGAUUUUAUAGAACUGAUUCAAAUGAAGUGCGUGAAAAAAUUGUCAACACAAUAAAAACAUCAACUGCGAAAGCUGUAGUUGCUUUUAUGGUAACAGCUGAUAUAUUGGUUUUACUGCAGGAAAUUCUCAAUCAAAAUGUUACUGGUAUUCAGUGGAUUGGCACCGAGGCAUGGUCCACUGACCCUGUAUUGGUUGCAAAGACAGAAUUCACAUUUCUGCUCGGUACAAUUGGCCUUGGAGUUCAGCAAACAUCAAUCCCAGGCUUUAAAGAUUUCCUAUACAAUAUUAAUCAGGAAGACCUUGUGGCAAGUCCUACAAUGAAGGAAUUUUGGGAAGAAGCUUUUCAGUGCACUUUUUCUAAUAUAUCUAGCUCUAAUAAAACAAUAUGCAGUGGUUUUGAAGAUUUACGUGAGAGGGGCCAUGUUUAUAAUGAAGUGACUAAAAUACGAGUUGUUUAUAAUGCUUACAAAGCAGUGUAUAUCGCUGCCCAUUCUAUGAACAACUUAUUCUCUUGUUCUAAGUCCAAAAAUCGGAAUAGCACAUCUUGUGGGAAAGAUCUUAACGUAGAACCUUGGCAGGUAAGAGAUAUUAUACUGUAUUCCCAGACCUUCAACAACAAUGACAUAAUAUGCAAGUAUGACCAAUGUUUUAAUAUUGACUUUUUAAUUGGUGUGGCAAAAAAGGUUUUGGAACAGUUAAAAUCUGUAAAUGUGACUCUUACAAAUGGACAAAGGCUUAUUUAUAAUGAAAAUGGAAGCCUAGAAAUAGGGUAUGAUUUAGUUAACUGGCAAAUAAACAAGAAUGGAAAGACUGAAGUGCUGACCGUUGGUUACUAUAAUCCUUUUGCUCCAUCUGGAAGGUUUUUUACAUUCAACAACAGAACUAUUACCUGGUCAAAUGGACAAGAACAGGUGCCAAACUUUGUCUGUAGUGAAAGCUGUACCCCAGGUUCCAGAAAAUCUAUCAAGAAAGGAAAAUCUGUUUGUUGCUUUGACUGUAUCCCAUGUGCACGAGGAAAAAUCACUAACACAACAAAUGCUUUGGAUUGUAUUGAGUGUCCAUGGCAGUACUGGUCAAAUAAUCAAGGAAAUCAGUGCAUUUUGAAAAAAACUGAAUUUCUUUCAUUUAAUGAAUUUUUGGGGAUAAUACUAACCACAUUUGCAGUCAUUGGAACUUGUUUAACUUUGGCAGUUACUGUGAUUUUCUUUUUGCAUAGAAAUACACCUAUUGUCAAAGCAAAUAACUCUGAACUAAGUUUCCUUCUUCUCUUGGCUUUGACCUUGUGCUUCCUGUGUUCAGUGAUUUUUAUUGGUCAGCCUACAGUUUUGUCCUGUAUGAUGAGGCACACCGCCUUUGCAAUCACAUUUUCCCUUUGCAUGUCUUGUAUAUUGGCUAAAACAAUUGUUGUUUUAAUGGCUUUCCGAGCCACACGGCCUGGUCAUAAAUUCAAGAAGUUGUUUGGGCCAUUGAAACAAAAGUUAGGUGUUGCUUUCUGUACAUUUAUUCAGUGUGUAAUCUGUGCACUUUGGCUGACAAUGGCACCUCCUCUCCCUUAUCAAAAUAUAAAACACUACAAAGAUGUCAUUAUUUUGGAAUGUGAUUUAGGAUCAUCUUUAGCUUUUUAUGCUACAUUAGGAUACAUUGGACUUCUCUCACUAUUGUGUCUUGUUCUUGCUUUUUUAGCUCGGCAGUUGCCAGACAAUUUUAAUGAAGCAAAAUAUAUUACAUUUAGUAUGAUCAUAUUUUGUACUGUGUGGUUCACGUUCAUUCCAGCUUAUAUCAGUUCACCAGGGAAAUACAUAGUAGCAGUAGAAAUUUUUGCCAUCUUAGCUUCUAGUUUUGGAUUACUCUUUUGUAUUUUUGCUCCACGAUGUUACGUUAUAUUGAUUGAGCCUGAAAAAAAUACAAGGAAGCAUAUGAUGGGGAAAACAUUGUCUAAAACAAAAUAAAUCAGUG